AUUGCCACAAUAUUUUUUGUAUAAUAACAAAAUCAAGAAAAUUACCCCUUCCAUUUUUCAAUUCAAUUUCUAACAAAUCCAUAGCCAUUUACACAUUUUCUUCUUCAAUUUCCAAGCUAAAUUCAACACCCCAUCUUCCUCAAAUUCCACAAAAACCUCAAAAAUGUAAAAAAGGUAGUCUUUACUCCAUUUCUACAAUUUUUUGACCCAAAAAAUUGAUAUUUUUGAGAUGAAUUCACCAUAUGGGGUUUUCCCAGAUGAAGUAAUUCUUCAGAUUCUUGCAAGAUUGCCUGUUAAAUCAGUUUUUAAGACAAAAAUUGUAUGUAAACUUUGGUAUAAAUUGAUAUCUGAUAAGUACUUUAUAAAUCUUUAUAAUGAAAUUUCAGUUAAAAAUCCUAUGGUAAUUGUUCAGGUUACUGAUUCGUCGUUAGAAUCAAGAUCUGGUUUAAUUUGUGUUGAUAAUUCAAAGGGUGUGUGUGAAUUUUCAUUGGAUUUUGUUAAGGAUAGGGUGAAAGUUAGAGGUUCUUGUAAUGGUUUAUUGUGUUUGAGUAGUGUACCUGAUAAGGGUGUUUAUUAUAUUUGUAAUCCGUUAACGCGAGAAUGUAAGUUGCUUCCAAGAAGUAGGGAAAGGCCUAUAACAAGAUUUCAUCCUGAUGGUGAAGCUAGUUUAGUUGGUUUGGGUUGUGAUUUGUUGAAAGGAAAGUAUAGUGUUGUAUUAGCGGGUUAUCAUAGGUCGUUUGGUCAUCGUCCUGAGAGGACGUUUAUAUGUAUGGUUUAUGAUUCGGAGUUGAAGAAAUGGAGGAAGUUUGUGUCGUUGCAGGAUGAACAGUUUACACAUAUGAAUAAGAAUCAAGCUGUGUUUGUUAAUGGGGGGUUGCAUUGGUUGACGGAUAGUUGUUCGUGUAUGCUUGUUCUUGAUUUGAGUAAUGAUGUUUGGAGGAAAAUUCAGUUGCCGAAUGAAAUUAGUUGUGGAGUUAGGAGUCGGUUAUAUUUGUUGGAGUUGGAUGGGAGAUUGUCGGUUAUUCAGAUAUACGAGGCUUGGAUGGUUAUUUGGGUAAUGGAGGAUUACGAGAAGGAAGAAUGGCGAAUGGUGGAUAAAGUGAGUCUUCGAUGCAUUAGAGGGAUGGUACCAGGGAUUUUCCCGAUAAGUCAAAAUGAAAACUAUGUUUUUCUUGCUACACAUAAGCAGGUUUUGGUAUAUCAGAGAAACAGCCGAGUGUGGAAGGAGAUGUUCUCGGUAAAGGACAGCUCAACCUUGCCGUUAUGGUUCUCAGCACAUGCCUUUAGAAGCACUCUCUUUUCCUGCCAUUGAUCCGGGGAUCGUGUACAUCUUUUUAUUCAACUUCUGUACAUAAUGCUAUCAUUAGUCUUAAGUCCUAUCUCUUUGCGCGGUCAUCGUCUUGGUCUUUUGUCAUUAUGUGUGUGCUUUGUGGACCUCAAAGAUUGACAGGUUGUUUUCACUGGGAUACAGUUAGUUAUAUGUCGACUUAUUGGGCAGAACGGCAAAUGAUUGACAAGGUGAGUCUUCAAUGCAUUAGAGGGAUGGUACCGGGGCAUUUCCGAAUAAGUCAAAAUGACAACUUUGUUUAUCUUGCUAGUUACUACGCGCACAUAAUCAGGUUUUGGUAUAUCUAAGAAACAGCCGAGUGUGGAAGGAGAUGUUCUCGGUGAAGGACAGCUCAACCUUGAUUUUAUGGUUCUCAGCUAUUGUUCCAAGGCUCAAAGUCUUCAAGCACUUUCUUUUCCUGCCAUUGAUCCGAGGCUCGUGUACAUCUUUCUAUUCAACUGUUGUACGUAAUGCUACCAUUAGUCGAACUCCUGUCACUUUGAGCGGUCAUUGUCUUGAUAUUCUGCCGUACUGUGUAUGUUGCGUGGAACCUCAAAGGUGGUUUUGGGUGGCUUAUUGGGGAGAAAGGCAAAUGGCGUACAAAGUGAGCCUUCGAUGCAAUAAACAGAUGGUACCGGGCAUUUUCCCAAUAAGUCAAAUCGACAGCUAUUGUUACCUUGCUUCUUGCUACAAACAGCCCAACGUUGCCUCUUUUCCUGCCAUUGAUAUGAGGAUUCUGUACAUAUUCUUAUUCAACUGUUGCACAUAAAGUUACCAUUAGUCCAACUCUCCUCCGGUUCAUCAAAGGUUGUUUUUACAUGAAUUAAUCAAUUUAUUUGUUAAACUAUUGUGUUAUUGAAGUCUUGUAUAUAUGGCCAUUCGAAGCUAUGUUUUUGGCUCCCCAA